AUGGCAAGCGUGUGCGAUGAAAUUCGCUCAGAAUUCAAAACAAAGGCGCUUAAAUGGUGCAGAAAGUACUUAGGAGGGAGCUGGAAAAAUCUGUCUUUGGAUGAGUUUUCCAUUGAACGGUUAGGGUACGUAUUUUUGUUACAACGCACCACACAAGCUAAGCCCGUGGCCGCCUUGACUCCGUCAUGCAGUUUUCCCUGUCCUUUCCAAUGCUCUUACUACCAUUUAUUUACAACGUAAACUUAUGAGCACUUUGCUAUAAACGAAUUUGGUAUGAUUUGCCAAAGAGUUUCACAUUGCGACAUCCUAGACAUUGGUGCGAGCAUAAAAAAGCAGCUGAAGGAAUUAUAAUACCAUCUAUAAAUGGCAAAGACAUGUGUUCUUCACGUUCAAGUUACAUAUAUUAUUUCCUGUGGUAGGCAAUUGUUUUAAUGUUCAGAGGGCAUGAGUUUUUGAGGGUGCAUUGAAUGUUAUUGUUGUAACGCAUGGACACUUAUGAGAUGAAUAUUUAUGAGUCCGCUGGGUUCGCCGCCAAGAAAAUCCCAGGAGAUUUUUAAAUCUUUUGGACUUUGGGCUCUCCUAUUAAAAUUCCUCUCUUCUCUGAAAAUCAGCAGUAGGGAAUUAAAAUCAGUAUGAAUGCUGUAUAGACACAUUAUCUAAAUAUGCAGCUUAGAUGCAUGUAUGGAUGGUGAAAUAUUUUCCUUGUCUUUUAACCAUAAAUUAUUGAAAUGAGGCUGAGUAUGAAGUGAAGAAUUAAGCAGGUCAAGGAGAAUUAUAUUGGCCAAGGUAGAUAACAGCCUAUGAGAUCUGCAUGAUUCUUUGCAUGGUACGAAAGCCAAAUUCAAUACAUGAAUUUUUUACAUGUAUUUCUCAGUUCUCAACAACCCUCUCCAUACCCUCACAUGAAGUGCUGUCUUGUAUCUUGCACUUGUAAAUAUAGAACCAUACAUAUAUCUACCAUGCCAAGAAAGCAGUUUAAAGGUUUUAAGGUAAACCAGGACUUCUGUAUUCUCUUUUUGCAGUGGCGGCCUCACCAAUGAACUCUACAUCUGCUCCCUGCCAAAUUACUGUCCAGUAAUAAAUAAAGAAAAACGAAAAGUUCUUCUACGCAUUUAUGGGCCACUCUACAGUGAACUUGUCAGCAGUUCCAGUGCACUCAUCUACAAUAUUGUAAUCUUUACCCUGUUGUCUGAGCGGGAAGUGGGCCCAAAGCUGUAUGCAGUAUUUCCUCGUGGCAGACUAGAAGAGCUUCUCCCAGUAUGUUUUUGCAUAUGACAAACACAAACUUUAAUAGACACUUCCUAGAUUUUCUUUAAGUUAUGAUAAAGAACAGUUAGCGAUUAUCCAUUUACACUGCUGGAAUCAAUCAAUCAAUCAAUAAUCUUUAUUUAUACACGAUAAGUAUUUAAAGCAACGCUUCCCUUGUGGGGUUGUGUGUAAAUAAGUAAAUAAGAUAACUAAUGAAUUCGAAAAUAAAUAGGAUAUACACCAGCUAAAAUCAUAUAGCUACUUACUACUUUCAAGUCUAAAACGAUAAAAGCUUAAAAUUCUAAAGUACAAGGUGGUACUCUAGUAUCAACUAAUUAUUAACACUAAUUCAAUUCAUUUAAGCUUAAAGGCGAGCAAAGAUUAAUAAUUAUUGCCCCACAAAGCCGCAAAAUUUUGCAGACUUGUGUAUCAUAGAGGGCAUGAACUUGAAUUUGACAACUUUGCGAGCUACGUUUUGUUUGUUUUCAACGAAUCACAUUCAAACUUCUUUAAGCGUCUUUAAUGAGGUUAAAUAAAUAUUUAUUUAACAGAGUUAACAACAAGGAGUGCGAACGUGGUCAGCGGUCGGUCGUUUGGCUCAAGCGCAGUCAGCCUUGCUUGCAUCACCUCCAUGUGCUCAGUACAGUGUUUUCGUGGCGGCCAUUCUCUUCGUUUAGACUUUGGAUCAUUCUUUUACCGUCAGCGACGCAGUUGUUAACUAACAUUCUAAUAUUUUUACCUAGGGUGUUCUUUUCAGCUGUGUUGAUGGAUUUUUACUAACUGGUCCAAGUCAAAGUUGAUAAUUCUUGAAGGGGCUUAUUCGAGUCUACUCUACUUUUCUUUUAAAGGGAAAAUGCCUUGCAUCAAGUGAACUGGCUUGUCCCAAAAUCUCUGUCAGGAUUGCCCGAACACUGGCAGAAUAUCAUCAUAUGGAGCUUCCACUCUCCAAGGAGCCUGUGUUCAUGUGGAAAAUAAUGUCUGGGUAAGAGCAUAGUGUUAGUAUGUGUAAUCAAAUGGUGACGAGUGUCCAAAAAGGCAAGGGAAAGUUAUUAGGAUUUGGACAAAACGCCUGUGAAAUUGUUCUUAAUUUCACGAGUAUACCAUUUGAUUACUUAUUAAUAUCAUGGGUGAUGAAUUUCGUUAGCAGUUGUGAAGUUUUGACAUGUUUACCCUGGAUUGCAUCGUAUUAAAUGUUUAGACCUUAAAUUUGGCUUGAGUUCAGAAUUUUCAAAAUUUCUUGACAAAAUACCUGUUAGAAUCCUUCUUGAUGUGCUCUUUUGUGUGUUCAGGUUUUCUAAACCUUUUUCACUGCAUUUUAAAACUUCAUUGCCAUCUUGACACUGAGACGUACAGGAGGUUGUCAUGGCAAUUUUUGUAAUUUCACAUGUGAAAUUACAAAAAUUCUGAAUUUUGGUUCUUCCAAAUAUUGGAAUUUUGUAUUUUGUUUUUCCAGACUUUGGAAUUCUGUAUCUUGGCUUUUCCACACAGUAAAAUCCUGGAUUUUGGCAAUUUUCCCAAACAUUGGAAUUCUGAAUUGUGGCUUUUUCAAACAUUGUAAUUCUGGAUUUUCUCAUUUCCAAACACUGGAAUUCUUGAUUUUAGCAUUUCCAAACAGUGUGAAUUCUUGAUUUUAUUAUUUUCAAACAUAAUUUGGACAUUCUGAAUUUUGACUUUUCCAAACACUGUCAUUCUGAAUUUUGUCAUUUCCAACAGUGGAACUCUGAAUUUUGGCUUUUCCAGGCAAACAUCGCAGUGACAAAUAAAUUAAUGAAUGCGAUUUCUGUUGAUGCUGAAGUAUAAACAGAGUGCAGCAGUUUUAAAGCGAAACGUCUCAACUGAAUUCAAGGAAUAUUGUAGAUCCAACUCAGUGUUUAGGCUAUGUUCCUGAUUAGAAGGUCCAGACGAAUAAAAAUAUUAUCUCUUGUCAGUAGUCUCUCGUUAGUACAGUCAACUCUCUCUAAGACGGACACCUUUGGGACCGGCACUAAGUGUCCGUCUUAGAGAGGUGCCCAUCUUAUAGAGAGUCAAAUAAAAAGAGUAAAGAAAGGCAGGGACCAACUCUAAGUGUCCGUCUUAUGGAGGUGUCCGUUAAGAGAGAGUUGACUGUAGUCGCGAAAUUGUAAUGUUUUGCUUUUUGUUGGAAUGCUAGGAUAACUGCUUGUUUCCAGUGCUGGUUUUAACACUUUGCAGUUUCCUGCAGUUUCCGGGGUGGAAAUGAAAAUUUAUAAGUGAUCGUUGCAAGCUCUCCUUUCUUUUCUCACCUCUUGUACUCGUGUCUCUUUUCACGUGAGUGCGACCCUCAUGAGACUUCAUGUGACUUUCCCAAAUGGAGAGCUUGCUCAUGGGCUUUAUGCAAUCAGCAAACAUUGCCUGUUGGUCGACAGGCUUACCAAGCCUGUGUAACAGAUGGAACUAAACUUCUGGAUAAGUCCAUUUGUGAAACAGCGCUGAAAUCCUUGUCUGAGCAACAACCUGUGUACCAGAAUUUGAGUAUCUGGCAUGACUGGCCUGUUAAAAAUGCCAUUGUCAAUUUGCCAAUCAGGUUGAAGGGAAAUUAAUGCAUUUUGAAAUGCAUUUCCAGUAAUUUGCUGAGUCCGUUGGGGGGGGGUGAGGGGUGGGGAGGGGGAAGAACAUGGAUAUUGACGCUGCGUCAGAGAUGUUACUAACCGGGGUUUAAUACAUUACGUCUGUGACGCAGGCUAGGCUUACCCUAUGUGGUCAAUGAAAUUAUUACAGCUAAAGAGAGAUUGAAUUUAUCUUUUUUGGUAGGUGGUGUAAAGAAGUUGAGGAACUGCAUCUAAAUGAACAGGAUAAAGCUGUUACAUUGGCUAAGAUAAAAAGCAUGAAUUUAAUGGAUGAGUACUACUUUUUAAGGUACCAAAAUUAAUGAUGCCCAAGUUAUGAGUCACACUUAACUGUUACACUUCCAGAAGUAUCAAAAAUUCAACAAAAUAUCCAAAUUUCAGUUUCUAAAAUACAGUAAAACAACUAGUACCAUAUGAAACGGCUGUCAAAGAGGUUCAAAGGGGAAUAGUCACACCCCAGACUCAAUUUGAGCUAUCUCAAAAGAAUCCAUCAUUCACUCCCGGUCAUUAAUAAAAUUAAUGUGCUGUUGAAAGAACUGUACCUUGCCAUUCAACUGCCUCUGCAUGUGUGGCCAAGUGGUUAACACCUUGAACUCUGGAUCUGGACAAAAAACUUAACCUAACUUUAUCUCUCUUUACCCAGGUGUAUAAAUGGGUACCAGUGACAUACCUCUGGGGGGUAACCCUGCGAUGGACUAGCAUCCCAUCCAUGGAGUAGUAGUGAUACUGCUAGUCAUGCUUCAUGCUAAGGAAACCGGGAUAAGCUCUUGCUGUUUGGGCCUUUGGCUUGUUUGCGCCUUUACCUUUUUACUUUUUUACUCCUUAGAUGGGCAGCAUUAUUGUAUGUAGCAUAGUGCAGUUUGACAAUUUUCUACAGGAGCUUUUGGUCUAUUCAUUGCAGCUUUCCUGCAGAAGACAAACACAUAAUGGUAGAACUUAAAGGGCAAUUUUCAGGAGAAUCUAGUAGUUUAUUGAAAUUAACUUGGUGCUUGUUUCUAUAUGUUCCUUCCUUGGUUUCUUUCAGGAAUUAUUUGGAAAAAGCAACCACACCAGGCCCAGUUACAUUUUGCCAUAAUGACCUUCAAGAAGGUUUGUCACUAUAUCUUUUCCAUAACAUUUUUGUGGGUGGCAAGAGGAGCCCGCAAUCCUAAUCUCCAGCUUAUUAGGCAUGCGUCACAUGUAUGUAGCCAGCAUUCAUUUGGACUUCCACUAAAAAUGAAUGGAAUGCACAGAGCGCAAUUUGAUCAUGCACAUUUCAAACCGCAAAUAACUAAGAUAGUAUGCACGCAAAGAUAUUUCAGUUCUCUUCAAUAAAAAGUAGAAUGUAGUUUACUUUUGAAAUACAAAUAGAAUGGCCACUUUCCAAUGGUACUAACCUUAACGAUCAACAAACUGAUUAACUCAUGCAUAGCUCAAUGAAAUACUGGAAGUCUAGACUGUUUACAGUCCCCUAUUUCUCCACAAGAUCAUCAAAAUUGAGUGCGUUGCAUUGCUGGCAGCCAUCUUGGUUGGGUGAGUGUCAAAUCUACUUAGGGGGCUGGGGACAGUUUGGGAGGAGGCGUAAACCCUGAUACCCACCCCUUCAGUACAUAUGAAACCAAGAUGGCCACCCAUACCAGUAAGUGCUCAAUCCUGAUGAUCUUACAAAGAAAUAGGGGACUGGACUGUGAACAGUCUAUUGGAAGUCUAGUCUAACAAGGUAAAGAAAAAACCUGCAUAUAAGAACGUAAGUUUUUCCAAGCUAGGCUAAGAAGGUUCUUAUAAAAAUGGUGCUAACUGGAAAAUUAGGCCCGGUUCAAACGCCCCUCCACUCAUGUGCUAAGUACAGCAAAAGAGCGGUUUCUGAAUCAAUUUGGUACAGCAGUUUUAGUUUGGUGCAGCAAAAGUGUUUGGUGCAACAAAAGUUUGACAGAGUCUGUCAAACUUUUGAUGUCACAGCAGUGUCGCUCCAAAGUCAAACUUUUUCAGUUAGGUCUGGCACAUGAAAAGUAUGAUGUCUGAACCAGGCCUUAGGCUAAUCAGGUUCUUAAACAGGUUUUUUUUUUUUUUUAAAUAAGGUGUUCGUCAAUUUGGGCCCAUUUUUUGUAUUGCGUGCAUAAUAUGUUAUAAAAAUCCCUUUAAUCCAAGCAUGUCAAAGCCAUUUAUGAAGGAUAUAUAGAUCUACAUGUCAAUUGUCUCAUUGCCAGGGUUUUAUCUUCAUUUUACUAACUGGUAGAGCUUGUUCUGUUAAAUUUGUGUAUUCAGUGUUUGACUGAAUUUCUCAAAAUAAGAACCUGUUGUAACAUUGUAGGCUAAAACAGGUCCUUAUUUAAAAUGGGUCUAAAUGGACAAACUAAGCCUAACAGGUUCUUAAAAUCUAGGUUCAUAUGGGCAGGUUUUUACUGUAUAGGUAACCAGUGGUAUACAAUUUAACUCACCACCAAGCUAAUGGUACUGAAUGAUACUAGAACCAUGCUUAGCUCGAUUACUCACGAAAUAUAAUAAUUCUUAUCCAAUUAGACACAGUUUAAACUAGUGGUAUGCAAACCGACUCACCGUACAACCAAUACCACUAGCUCACAAACUGUUCACACCCCCUCCCCGACAAAUCAAUUCUAUUUACGUCUUCGUUUAUUCCUCCUACUGGGCGAAAUACUUGCAAAUAUGAUUUAGAGCAUUGAUCAAUAAUAUUUUUACACAGGAAACAUUUUGAGAAUCCCAAAAGAUGGGCAGGCGAACAAUGAGGAAGAUGUGGAUAUUAUGUUCAUUGACUUUGAAUAUAGUGCCUACAACUAUAGGUAACUACACCAUAAUUAAUGUGCAGGAUAUUGAAGGAAUAACUUCUUUAUUGAGAUAACCAUUCAUUAAGCCUGGUUUUCACUAGCGCAAAAGCGUAAGCAUGAGGACAUACACACACGCAGAAUGGCAUAUUUGACUCAAUUCCAAUACCUGCUCUCCUCAACCCGAUGAUAGAGAAGAUGGUGGACACACCGUCGGCCAUAUUGCUUUUGAUAUGUUUGCAUGAGGUCUGGGUCAAAGACAAGUGACCUACGAUUGGUCCACGGCCUUGUGCUUAUGCUUGUGCUUAUGUCGACCCAGUUUUCACUAGUCAAAGCUACAACAUAAGCACAAGCACAAGUGCAAGAAGAACGAACUUGUCCGUUUUUCUUGUGCUUGUGCUUAUGCUUAUGUCGACCCAGUUUUCACUUGCUUACACAUGUGCUUGUGCUUAUGCUUAUGCUUAUGUUUAUGCGUUAGUGAAAACCAGGCUUUAGUAUCGUACACACUCAUUUUUGAAAUGUUAUUUCUCAUGAAAAGAUAGUGAACCCUCAAAGUAGCUGUGGGCCCAGUUGUGUGAAGGUCGAUUGGCACUAAUUGGCAUUUAAUGGGAACCCCUAAUUGACAAGAAGUUUGUUUACCAACAAUAUCAAGUCAAAUAGUAAAAUUACGCUGGAAAUUAGACUUGCAUUUUUUUGUACUUUUGUAGUAGGACUGUAAGGUCCUGUAAUUCAAUUUGUAAGGUAUUGUAUUUUUUUAGUUUAUAUAAUGGCAAUUUUUGUUGUGUAAGUGUUGUUAGAGAUUGAAGUGAAAUUUUAAAAAAAGUCCUUGACUGAUUUCUCAACAUUCACCCACUCUUUUUUACUGCUAUUCUUCAUUCCAGGGCUUUUGACCUGGCAAAUCAUUUCUGUGAAUGGAUGUCCGAUUACAGUGUUCCUGCUCCUUCAUAUUUUUCCUUGUCACUGAGCAAAUAUCCCAGUAAAGAGCAACAAGUGAGUCAUGACUCAGAUUCCAAUAAUGUAGCCAGUAGGAGUUGCAGUAUUUGUGUGACAGAGGCCAGUGUCAAUACCUUCCCACUAUGAACACUAAAUACAGAAAUGCAUUAUAAACACUAGUAUUAAAAAGUCACCAGCAUCAGUUGACUCCUAACAAUAACAGCACGUAAUCAAGAGAAAGUGUUAUGAGAAUUAUGAAAAUGAUCAUUGAAUGGACACUCUUUGAUCUUUUACCAAAUGAUUUUGACUAAAACUGUGAAAGGUUUGAACCCAGGAGUCAUUUCAUAAGUAAGUUGAGUAUGAUCGUCCAGGUGAACGUAGUCCUGAAUAGGACUGUUGUUGUUGACAGUGACUGACGUUUCAACAACCUGUGCGGUAGUCAUCUUCAGACUCAAAGUGAGCGGUAUCAUGUCCGUUGAUGGUAUUAUACUCUGGUUAUUGAUCUAGAUUGGAAGUAUGUCACCUUUUCGAAAUUCUAGUUCUAGCAGUUUGUGGUUUUGUCCAUAAACCCAGUACCCUGGGUGCCAGAGGCUUUUCAUGCGCGGUCUCCGGUUUCGGUCAAGUCUUAAAAAGUGACCCCCGCUUCGCCGCUCGUGUCUUCGGCCUUCGGCCGAACACGUGUCGGCCCGCGGCCGACGAAACGAAGCUCCCCGUCGCACGCGAGAAAAAACCUCUGGUAACCAGGGUAUAAACCUAGUAAACAGACUAGUGUCCAGACCCUGAGAGAAAAAGGUUGGCAGAACUCAGAUUUUCGUCUCGCCUGAGGAAUUGUGUCACCCAAUGAAAAUACGUCAUUCUCAUUAUUAAGUUUGUUUUACUGACAGCUGCUGUUUGUUCGGGCUUACUUGGGAAGGAAUACACCCAUUAAUGGAACAAUUUGUGCACCAACGAUAGAGGAAACGGAGUUAUUGGAUCAAAUCGACAGGUAA